AUGGUUCAGCAGUUGAACACCGCAUGUUUGGUUAUCAUCGUCACUUUUGAAGUUAUCGGCUCGAUAUUCUGCUUUGGGCGUUUAGCCUCAAGGAUAGUAUCAAAAACACAAUGGAAAGGUCUGAUGAUGUGGAGUGAUGUUUGUAUGAUUAUAGCUUGGGUAUUAUCGGUUGUGGAAACUGUUGCUAUAUAUGGACUCACAUCGUACGCAAAAUAUGGCUACAAGACAUCAGAUCUUGUCCAAUUUACAAUCGAUAUACCGACUGAAAUGAAAUGGGCAAUGUUCGAUUCCCUUUGCUACAAUCCGAUCCUUGGCUUCAUCAAAGCCUCUAUGAUUCUCCUAUAUCUUCGACUUGGGGGACUAAGACAAUCAGUCCGAUACGCCUCAUAUGCACUCUUGUCCAUUAAUUUUGCCCUCAUGAUAUCUAUCUUCUUCGUCGACAUGUUUCAAUGUAUACCGUUUUCAUAUAAUUUCUCCUCGGCAGAUAUGGAUUUAGCGGCUCAAAUGAAAGCAAAUGCAACAGAUCCAGGAAUUGGCCCUUGUGGACCAGUGACAUCUGGAUUCAAAGAUGGGAAAUAUGUGACGGGUGGGAAAUGCAUCAAAGUUAUCAACUUCCUAUUGGUUACUGCUGGUCUUACCAUCUUUACGGACUUAUUGGUUCUAUGCAUUCCAAUCUACAUGGUAAAGGACCUGAAAAUAAGCCCACGGAAAAAGGUUGUAACUAUACUGAUUUUGUGCAUGGGCUUAGGAGUUACUGCCGUCGGCAUCUGUCGUCUUCAAUUCACUUGGCGUGUAUUCCAUCCGAUUGUUCCCGACCCAGGACUAAACGUCAGAAGUACCAUAUCCCAAAUUGAGACUGGUCUCGCGUUGGUUACAGGCUGUAUUCCAGAUCUUCUACCUCUCUUGCGCCUACUCAUGCCUGGUUUCUUCAAUUUUGCGACUAGGAAAUCAACUCAUCCAGCUCAAUAUCCUUACUCAACAACCUUUGGGUCCAAGAAAAUAUACCAAGGCCAAAGCGCAGAAGACAACAACAUACUAAAUGAUACGGUAUACGAAGAUCAUGGACUAGAUGAACUAAAGUUACGUCCCAACAACGGGCUGGUGCAACGUGAAACUCACGUUAGAGGAGCCGCCAGUACCGAUAGUUUGACCAGUAGUCAGAUAGAAAUGUUUGAUAAAAAUAUAGACGACAAAUCAGAGUCCAGGACAAUCAUCAAGACAAUACAUUUUUCGGUCAAGGAAUCGGAUCUAACUAAUCCCAAGAAGACUUGGAGCAAUGUCUGA